AGUCGUCGGCGGCGGUGUAAAAAUCAGUCGGAGCUAUGGCGAUGCAGGCCGGAGUUGGCUUAUCCAGGAUCUUUCUCUUAGCCGGAGCAGGUUACACUGGUACGAUCAUGAUGAAGAACGGGAAAUUGUCGGAUUUGUUGGGUGAAUUGCAGGGUCUUGUGAAGGGAAUGGAGAAAUCUGGAGAAGGAUCUGAAGGAGAUUCUGAUGUUUCUGAUGCUAUAGCUGCCCAGGUUCGCCGGUUGGCUAUGGAGGUUCGACAGCUAGCUUCACAGCAGCACAUAACUGUCAUGAAUGGAGUUUCUGGUGCAAACCUACAAGCUCUUGCUGUUCCUGCUGCGGCAUUGGGAGCUCUCGGAUAUGGUUAUAUGUGGUGGAAGGGACUCUCAUUCACUGACCUUAUGUAUGUGACAAAAGCCAACAUGGCUGCUGCCGUGGCUAACUUGAUAAAGAAUCUGGAGCAAGUUUCUGAGACCCUUGCGGCUGCGAAAAGGCAUUUAACACAAAGGAUUCAGAAUGUGGAUGAUAAGGUAGAAAAGCAGAUUGAUCUCUCCAAGGAAAUCAAUAGCCAGGUCAUUGCUGCUCGUGCGAAUAUCAACUCACUUGAGAUGGAUUUGGAAUCAUUGCAUAAUUUGAUUACUGGACUGGAUGGGAAGUUGGACACGCUAGAAUACAAGCAGGAUGUAACAAAUGUUUUCAUGCUACACUUGUAUAACUAUUUUGGAGGCAAGAGCACAAAACUGCCAGAAAUGGAACAGCUUCAGCUUCCUGUAAAUCAGAGGGCUCGUAAUUUGCUUGCAGAUGUUGAAACCAAGGGUCUGAAAAACUUGACUGAAGAGCUGUUUGAAAGCAAUGGCGCACAGGUGACAACCACAGUGAAACAAAUCAGUUUGAGUAAGGUCAAUGUGAAGUCGAGGCCAUUGUUAUCAAGGGCUGCUUCAGCUAGUUGCAGUAGCGGAGUUGGACGAUGUAAACGAUCAUUGCGAUUAGGAGAUAGAGUGGGAACGAAUCUGAUGAUUUCAAGAAACCAACGAUGGUUAGGUCAGGGACUCAGGGUCAUCAGGCAAAUAUGCUGCUGCUGCAGCAGCGGCUGGGGAAAGGGCGAAGAGAGAAGGAGGGGAAGUCAUGAGUAUAAGAGUCCUCGAAGAGAUUUGAUCAAAGAAGCUUCCGAUCAAGAGGAGAUGACGAUGUUAUUAGGGCGUGCAACUCAAGGAUCUUCUCGCAUGGGUUCUCUUGAUUUGCCUUACGCUUCAUCGUUCAAGGGAGGAAGUGAAACAUUUCUCCAGAAUGUGUUUGAAAGUAUACUGAAAACGUAUUUGAGGAAGAACCCGAUGGCGACGAUAUGGGAACUAGUUAAGUCGGUGGACAACGAAAAGAUCUCUUACGACCACUUCUUUUUCAGGACAUUUAAGGUCGAAGGUUACGGAAUUGAUUCCUUGUCAAGUUUUUUCAUGGAUUAUGGAUAUAAAAUUGGAGGCAGACUUGAUUUUCCAAAGAAGAAAGUACAAGUUCUCUGGCUUUCUCCUCCGGAUGUGCACGUCCCCGAUAAUGGUUACGGUAUAGGCAAUGGCCUUUUGCCACGACUUGUUAUAGCUGAGCUUCUUGUGGACGAACUAAGCCGUGAAUCACAGGAGAUAAUAAGGAAGUAUUUGAAACCGGAAGGUGGUAAGCAAGCGAUUCUUUCAAGUACUUCGGGCUCUAUAAUUUGGGAAAAGCCAACAUCCACCGACUUCAAUCAACUUGCCAAAGAAAGCGAAUUUGCGGCAUGGACACUUGUCCACGGCUACACAAUGAACCAUCUUGCUUUCGCGGUUCAUCGUCUUAAACACCGUUUCAGCGACAUCAAAUGCGUCAAAGAAUAUUUUGAAGAAAAGGGAUUCGAACUCAACAAGGAUGGAGGAGUUCUCAAAGUGAGUCAAGAUGGUCUACUGUUACAAGUGUCGGCUAUGUCAGAGAAACUUGCGGUUGAAUUUGCAGACGGAGUAACUCAAACCGUCCCGGCUUCAUACAUUGAGUUCGUUGAACGUCUAGUUCUUCCACAGUUCAAAGAUAUGCCGCGUGAUGAGAUCAAAGAGUUUCAUAGACGCGAAGAACAACCAAGCAAGGCUCGGUUUCUCAAAAACAGCUCAAAGAUGGGUUCCCUCGACUUGCCGUUCAAGGGAGGAAGCGAAAUAUUUCUUCGGAAUGUGUUAGAGAAUAUACUGAAAACGUAUCUAAGGAAGAACCCGACGGCAAAGACGAUAUGGGAACUGGUUCAGUCGUUGGACAACGAAAAGAUAUGCUACGACCACUUUACUUUCAGGACACUAAAGGUCGAUGGUUAUGGAAUAGACUCCUUGUCGAGUUUUUUCAUGGAUUAUGGAUAUAAAAUUGGAGGUGGACUUGAUUUUCCAAAGAAGAAACUACGAGUUCUUUGGUUUUCUCCUCCCGAUGUCCACGUCCCUAAAGACGGUCACGGUCUAGGCAAUGGCCCUUUGCCGCGAAUUGUUAUAGCUGAGGUUCUUGUGGACGAACUAAGCCCUGAAUCACAGGGGAUAAUAAGGAAGUAUUUGAAACCCGAAGGUGGCAAGCAAGCGGUUCUCUCUAGUACUUUGGACUCUUUAAUAUGGGAGAAGCCUACAUGGACCGACUUCAAGCAACUUGCCAAAGAAAGCGAAAUUGCGGCAUGGACGCUUAUCCACGGCUACACACUGAAUCAUCUUGCUUUUGCGGUUCAUCGAUUCAAACAUCGUUUCAGUGAUAUCAAAUUCGUCAAACAACAUCUUGAAGAAAAGGGAUUCAAACUCAACAGUGACGGAGAAAUCCUCAAAGUGAGUCAAGAUGGUCUACUACUUCAAGUUUCAUCGAUCUCGGAAAGGCUUCCGGUAACAUUUGCAGAUGGAGUAACUGAAACAAUCCCAGCUUCGUACAUUGAGUUCACUCAACGUCAAGUUCUUCCAGAGUUCAAAGAUGUGCCGCAUGAUGAGAUCAAAGAAUUUCAUAGACGUGAAGCUUUUGAACUCGAUAACGCCAGCAACAUAAUGGAAAGCACCCGUUUCACAACCAAAUUCUAGAGCCAGACUUGUCUUGCUCGACUAAAUAUGUCAAAUUUGUGUCACUCUAUAUAUGUUUGUGUGUGAUGUCUUUGCGAUAUCUUUAUGUUGUUAUGUUACUGUGAAGUGACAAUUACUUAAAACAUUUAUAUUAUCUCUCAUGAUGGUUAUUGUUGAUAAGAGUGACCAACUUGUCAAAUGGAUCACAUUAUUGACGAAUCAUGGGAAAUAAAAUGUAUUGGUGAGU